AUGAAAACGUGUCAACCAGUACUCAGUGUGCCCCCGGCAAGAAGAAACAACCAUCAGAAGGGCGUACUUGUUGUCCUUGAACCACCAGCAAUAGAUAUCGUUGGAGACGGAGGCGACGGCGCCGCCGCCGCGCCGCCGCCGCUGGCCGCGCCAUACAGGGUAACAUGUACGCCAAAAGACUCGUGCACGUCGUCAAUUGCCUCGCAAGCACGCGAGAAACAGCUUUCGGUGGUAUCGACCCAUGGGUCUUGGGAGCGCCGCCAGUCGGGAGACUCGCCGCCAGCCGCCACCGUCACCGCCGCCGCCAGCGUCGCAGUCGGCCUCGGUCCGCUGGCCAGCGGCGGAGGAGGCUUGCUGCCAGAUGGCGGCAGCAAGGUAAACACGGCAGCCUGUAGCGACUUGAACAGCGGCUGUAGCGACCAAGCAAACAAGCCCAUCUCAGCCCUGCUGCACGUCCUGAGCCGCCCGGGGAGCUGCCGCGCGGCGAGUCCCGACGGCGACAGCAGCAGCGCUGGGGGCGGCGGCGCUGCCGCCGCCGCCGCUGCAGCCCUUCGCAGUGACUUAGCAGACGCGUCUGACUGGAGCGGAAACGAGGUGGCUGUAGCGAUGGGCAGUAGCCGUCGCUGGGUCGGCAGUAGCAUGGAUUGGGCCGCCGGGAGGCGGAUGCCGGUGCCGCCGCCUGAUGGUGGUGGCGUUACGGAGACUCGCCGCAACAGCCUUGACCGCGGCACUAGCGGCUGUAGCAUCAGCAGCAGCGAUGCCUACUCCGAUAGCGACGGCGGCGUGUGGGGCAGCGCAGCCUGCUGUAGCGCGCUGCAGUCAGGUCCUCUUGGUGGCGGCGGCGGCGGCGGCGGAGACGCGUCCCUGUGGCUGGGCGCUGCAUUAGCGGAGGCAUCGCAGCGUCGUGGCGGGGCGUCACGUACGGCGACGCUGGGUCGCAGGUUUGCGCUUGGGCAGCAGCGCCAGCUACAGUACGAAGGGCCCUAUACGCAGCGGCCUCCGCCGGCCCCUACGGACACGUUGGCGGCAUCGUCAACCAGUGUCGUACGGCUGCCGGAAGGUAUGGCGCUGUGGAACGACAAUAGUUAUACCGCGGAGCAGCGUGUGACGGAGAUCCCAGCGGAGGCCCGUACGACUUCACCGGCGCCGCCGUCGACCUGUCUGUACACAAGUCCCCGCCAGCAUGCCUUCGUCAGCCUCAAGUUGCGAGACGGCCCGCUAUCGGGCCCCAUGCGCCGCCUGAGCGCCGCGUCACUCCGGCGAAACCUUACUGGCGCCAGCGCGCCGCCAAGCCCUUGCGGCCGCGGCGCCGUGCCGUACGACGACCACGCCGGCAGCUUUCAGCCCGGUGGCAGUGAAAGCGCCGCAGCUGGGCUUGCUUUGGCAAACGCCGCAGCCAGCCGCCGCCGCGGCGGGGAUGCGGACGGCGGCGGCGGCGGCGCCGCCGCUGGCCAACGCCUGAGCUUUGAGCAGCUGGCGGCGGCGGCGGUGGAGGCCACGCAGACGGUUCUCAGCGCACAGCGGGAGAUCGUGGGACCUUCUAGAAGCCCGCACAUGGCCACUUGGCUGGCGUUACCAGGCUGUGUACAUCUGAUUGUAUAUCUGUGUGGCGUUCAAGAGACGCGGUGCUCAGGUGCGGCGCCGCCGCUGCCCGCCGAUGACGUCUGGCGGGCGGCGCCGCCGCCGCCGUCACGGCAGCAGCAGGUGCUCUGGCGGCGCCAUACACCGCCGCCGCCGCCGCCGCUAGCAGGGCGCUCCGAGGCGGAUCGCGGAACGUCUUCUGACCGUCAGGAUUCGUCAUCGCGGGUGGCGCACAGCAUCUUGUUGGGGCUUCAGGUUGCCUUGGGGGACUCAGAACUGGUGGCGGCGGCGCGGCCGCCGCUGGCGACGCAGCAGCAAGGCGUACGACAAGCUCAGCUCGAGCGACUUGGAGACAUGGAGCUUCGGGCUGCGGAACCGGGCCACGGCGGCGGCGGCGGCGGCGUAGGUGGAGGGGGCGGCGGCGACGGCGUAGGUGGCGGCGGCGGCGGCGUGGGCGUCAUUGAGGACUGGCCCAUGCCUGGCGAUGUUCUUGACGACGAUGGCGAUGAUGGCGUGCUUGAUAAUGGCAGCAGCGGCGACCAGCUUCGUAUUUUGGGUGGCGUUGCGCGAGGCGGACGACCCUCCCACGCCAGUCCGGACCUGAGCACGGGUACGAGUACGAGUACGAGUACAAACAUAAGCGGCAGCGGGCCACCAGCGCAGCGGCUACCGUCGGAGCUGUGGCCGCGCUUGCACAUGCCCGUGCCGUACGCCUCAAGCAGCACUGCGGCGGCGGCAUCAACGCCGCCGGUAACGCCCACCUCCGCUGCGCACGCUGGUGAGUACGCCAUGGCUCUGCCGCCAUCCAGCGGCGAGUGGGGAAGCGGUACCAGCAACAGCAACACCGUCUCCUUGACGACCGAUUCCGUGCCGGCGUCGACGCCAUUAUCCGUACCUACCCCGCCGUCGCCGCCGCUGCCACCGUCGCCGCCGCCGGCGCCGCAUCGCGCUCCGCCGGCGGCGGCGCCGCCGCCGCUAGCGCCGUUACGGUGGUGGGAGCCGCGGCAUGUGGCGUCAGAUCGCAGUACUGAGGCUGCCCCUGGUUGCGGCCAUAGUCGGGCAGGUGGUACGGCAAGUCAGUUGGCUCCGGGGGAAAGCGCCGCCAGUAGUGCUUCGUUGGACGCAUUCUCCGUCAUCGCAGCAGCUCGUGUGGGCAGUACUUUAGUAAUGCUAGAUCCGUCAGGGGGCCCCAACGGGCCCCCUGUUCCGGUGCCGUACACGAUGUUGCUACAGCCUCCUUGUGCGGUGCUGCUGCCCGACGCCGCGACCAGCGGUGACGGCGGCGGAGGCGGCGACGGCAGUGGCGGAGGUGGCGUUGAAACAGGUCGGGCUGUGACGACGGUGGUGCUUCUUCCCUCGGCCGGCAGUGGCGGCGGCAGUGGCGGCGGCGGCGGCAGCUCCCGCCGUCAGCGGCCUCCGCCGCCACAAUGCCGUAUCCUGGUGACGCAAGGAGAUCGCGUAUUGUACGACGCACAUCGCUUGACGGCCGAUGGAGACGCUGGUGGCGCUGGUGGCGAACCCACCGUCGCUGUGGGGUCCUUUCGGUACGGCAUCACACUGCAAGGCGCGCGGCCCGGAUUGGCAUCCGUACACGUGUUGGGUUUGGCGCCGCGGACGGUUCCGAGGCCGUCGGAUCCGUCCGCCAGUCAGCCAAGCACGAACGCCAGCACCAGGUCUGGAUCUGGAUUUGGAUUCGAAUCUGGAUCUGGAUCUGGCGUUGCUGCUGCCCAACCGCCACAACGGGGUAAUCCUCGUUACAGUCACUUCUUGACUGUUUCGGCUGUGAUGAUUAUGCCACAGCCAGCGGCAGCAGAGCUGAUGUCGUUGUACGACAGGAUGGUAGACGAGCAGCUAGGUUCGGGCCGAACCGCUGCGAUGUACGGCGACGCCGCCGCCGAGGCAGCGGCGGCGGUGCAGGCGCAAGAAACGCGUUUGGAGGCGGAGCGACGCGUUGUCGACGACCACUGGAUCCCGUUCGUGCAAGAUUUGGACUUGUGCAUAACCCGCCGGCCGCUGCCGCCGCCGCCGCCGCCGUCGUCGUCGUCGCCGUCGCCGCCGCUGGAAUUGCAGGCCCUGCCAGCGGCAACGUCCCGGCUGCUGCCGCCGAGGCAAUGCUCCGGUCCCACAACCGUCGGCGCAGUUGCACCGCAGGCUGCGGCGGCGGCGGCGGCCGCCGUCCCAUCCUUCGGUUCAGAGUCGAGUACGCUGUACGACUGGCACACGAGCACGCUGCCGCUGCCGCCGCCGGCAUCGGCGGCGAUGGGGCCGUUAGUUCUGGGCCUCAACCCCUUGGUCCCCUUUGCGGUUUGGGAUGAUGUGCUGGCGGCGGCGACGGACUUUCUGCGCGUACACGGCCUUGCGCACGUUCUGUCGUACGUGCUGACGGCGCAAAUGGUAAUGUUGGGCGUGACAGACGGCCCGGCGGGGGUGCUGCGGCGCCGUCUCCAGUCGGUGCAGCGCCCUGCUGCGUCGGCGGCAGAGCACGACGGCGACGGCAGUACGACAGUGGAAGAUGAUCAGUCGCCGUUCGUCGUCGCCGCGGCCGGCGGAGGCGGAGGCGUCGGACGCGAGCAGCAGCUGAUGGCGGCUAAGGAGGAGGAGGAGGAGGAGGUGCCGCCGCCAACGUCGCCGCCGCGGGCUCCGGCGUCACAGCCGCCAGCGCAGCAGCAGGCGUUACCGCCGCCGCCGGUGCCGUCAUCAUUCCGUGACAGCGCACCAGUGCGGUCAUCGGCCUUUUUCUCGUCGUCAUUAACUGGUCGGCUCAGCCGGCUUUCAGAGGGCCAGAGCACCGGCAGCGGCAUGAGCGCCCGAAGCAUCGUCAGCGGCGGCGGCGGCGGCGGCGGCAGCAGUAGCAACAACCCGGCGGUGCCGUACAAGAGCAUGGUGGGACACAUGCCGGCAGAGGCUGUGGCGUCAGGACCACCUGGCGGCGGCGGCGGCGGCGCCCUAAGCUCCGCUUGCAGCUGGCCUGGGGUUGUUCCUUUGCCGCCGGAUUCGCUGCUCGAGGAUCAUUUUCGCACGUCGCAGCUGAAGAAAGCCACGUCGGCGGAGCUGGAUGCUCCGUGCCGUACAAGCUCUGGCAAUGACGGCGCCGCCGCUGGCGCUAGCGGCCCCGCAACGGCGGCAGCGGGCAGCAGCCGCUGCAAUGCCGGGGAGCGUGAGGCGACAGUUCACAUGAUUCACUAA